AAGCACGGCUCUGGUCUCUCCCUGGCUCCUCACCUGGAGCGUCCACACAGCGGACAGACUCACCCUCGCCCCUUUCUCCCUCUGUCCAUCCGGCCAGCACGAUGAGCCGCCCAGGACUGCUCACCCUCCUGCUCCUGGCCGUGCCGGCUAUCGCCCUUCCUGUGACAAACGACAUGAAUAAAGGUGACACUAAGGUGAUGAAGUGCAUUGUAGAGGUCAUCUCUGAUACUUUAUCGAAGCCAAAUCCCCUUCCAAUCAGUGAGGAAUGCCUAGAAACACUCAGAGGAGAUGAACGAAUCAUUUCUAUCCUUCGCCACCAAAAUUUAUUGAAGGAACUUCAGGAAAUUGCUGCUCAAGGUGCCAAUGAGAGAACUCAUCAGCAAAAGAAAAACAGUGGCUUCGAAGAUGAGCUUUCUGAAGUCCUUGAAAGUCAGAAUGACAAGAACAAGCAGAGAGAUACUGCAGGGGAGCAUCCUGAAGAGGAGCAGCCAACAGGGUCCCUGGCUGAGCUGGCACCGCAGAAAACCCAGCAAAAUGAAGAUUCAAGAGAGGAGGGAAGAAAUAGCCUGGAGGAGAGGGAGCCCAGGCCUAGGUCAUGGGAUGCCAACCCUGGUGAGAGGGAGGAUCAGGAGGAAGCAGAGAGCAAUGAGAUUAGGGGCACAGAGGAUGCCCAGCGAGAGGAAGCUUUGGACAACCACAUCAGCAAAGACUUCCAUGAGGAUGAGCAGCAGCAGAGAGGGGAUGAAGAGGAGCAUCCCAGAGGCCUCAAGGACAGCCUGGAUCUUCAGGAUAAGGGAGAGCAGCCAUCCAGGCAGGGCCGGGAGCAGAGCAAGGAGGCAGUAGGGGAGCGUGAGGAUGACCGAGGAGAUGAUGAUGCAGAAGAGGACCCGACUGAAGCAGAGAGGUCACUUGAUUUGCCUGAGGAGGAUGAGGAGGCUGAGGACAUGCGGGAAGAAGACAAUAAUGACGAUGCUCUGGGAUUUGACAAAGAUGGGCGGAGCUCCGAGGAAGAGGAAGAGGAGGAAGAACAGCCUCGGGCACUGAGGGGAGGAAGGCAUCGCCUGGAGGAUGAGGGAAUGCAGGGAGAGGAGGACACCUUCCAGCCCAGGGAUCCCAAAAGCGAAGAGAUGGAGGAGGAGUCCUCCAGGGAAUGGGAAGGUUCCAAGAGGUGGAACAAAAUGGAUGAGCUGGCCAAACAGCUGACAUCAAAGAAGCGCAUGGUGGAAAAUGACAGUGAGGAAGACCCAGACCGGUCCAUGAAAAUGGCAUUUAGGUCCCGCAAGUAUGACUUCAGUAGUCCAGAGGAAGAGGUGAGAAGGUCAUGGAAGCAUCACUCAAAGGAGGACAGCAGUGAAGGUGGCUUCCCACUUGCUCCCAUGCCUGAAGAGAAGAAGGAUGAGGAAGGCAGUGCUAACAGGAGAACGGAGGAUCAGGAGCUGGAGAGCCUGGCCGCCAUCGAGGCUGAGCUGGAGCGCGUCGCUCACAAGCUGCAUGAGCUGAGGCGAGGCUGAGGGCCGCAGCCCUCCCAGCCCUGGCAGCCGCCGCCACCCUCCUCCCUCCCCUUGGCCUCAUUUCCCAAUUUCAAAGCAGUUAAGCCGGAGCAGAAGCAUCGUGCCUAGGAAUCUGACCUCGCUAGCACCCAGGCCUGCCUCCCUCGCCACAGCGCUGUGCCCAUCGCUGCUUCGUCCCUUCCCGCUCCCGUGUCCUCAUGGCUGCCUACCCGCCCGGCUGGGCGCCGGUGGGCGCCAAGCGACACCUACACGUGUACUUUCUGUCUGGGUGGGGUCUUUUUUCCCUCUUUUUUUAAAA